AUGGUGGAAAUAGAAAGAGGAUCACUGCCUGUUCUUGAGCAACCAGAGAUUGGGCCAUGUCCACAAAUGAAGGAGGUACCAUCUGGAAUCCAGCACCUGAAAAGCUUAAAGAUUGUCGACUUUUAUGAAAUGCAGAGAGAAUUUGUGCUACAUUUCCAGCCAAAUAGAGGCAAAGAUUAUUGGAAAGUCAAGAAGGUGAAAAUCAGAGAGGGAACCAUGACCGAAACUGUUGUGAUCCUUGUCAUUGACAAGCUGGUUCAGCUAAUCGUUCAUGAAUCAAAACUGCUAAAGGGAGUCCAUCAAGAAGUUGUGGACAUUAGAGAUGAAUUGGAGAGCAUCCAAUGUUUCCUCAAAGAUGCAAAUAAAGGAAACCUGCAAGACGGCGUCAAGAUGUGGGUGAAACAAGUGAGAGAAGCAGCCUACCAUAUAGAAGACGUAAUAGAUGAAUAUGUUCUUCAAGUGGCACAACAUCGUCAUCAGCAAAGUCUUAUUGGUUUUCUCCACAAAAUUGGCCACAUACUCACAAAACUAAAACCACGUCAUGACAUAGCUACCAAGAUUCACGAUAUCAAAAUAUCAGUCCGUGAAAUCAAAGAAAGAAGCGAAAGAUAUGGUUUUCGUUUCAUAGAGCAAGGAUCAUGUAGCAGUGAAUCCAAUGUUACAUGGCAUGACCCUAGAGUGGGUUCACUUUUCAUUGAGGAAGAUGAAGUUGUGGGGAUUGAGGCUACGAGGGAUGAACUUGUAAGCUGGUUGGUGGGGGAAGCAUCUAAACGCUCUGUGAUGUCAGUGGUAGGCAUGGGCGGAAUUGGUAAAACAACUCUUGCUAAGAAAGUAUAUGAGAAUGAAUUUGUGAAAGGACAUUUUAACUGUCAUGUUUGGAUCACAGUGUCUCAGUCAUACAACAUCCAGAAGAUACUCAUGUCCAUGAUAAAGCAAGUCUACCAUGAAAAUGAAAUGACUCCAUGGAAAAUAGACAUGAUAGACGAGAUCACACUAAUUAGCCAGCUGAGGAAAUAUUUACAGCAAAAGAGGUAUGUUGUGAUUUUUGAUGAUGUUUGGAAGACAGAGUUUUGGGAAAUUGUAAAGCAUGCUUUACCAUGCAAUGAUAGAGGAAGCAGGAUUAUUAUCACAACACGCAGUGAUCUCAUUGGUGUAUCUUGUAAAGAAUCUUUAUUCGAUCAAAUCCACAAGCUACAACCUCUAUCUCAAGACAAGGCUUGGGAAUUGUUUUGUAGAAAGGCAUUCCAGUCCGAGCUUCAAAGGUGUUGUCCCAAAGAGUUGGUGAAACUGUCGAUGGACAUUUUCAAAAAAUGUGAAGGCUUGCCACUUGCAAUUGUUGCCAUAGGUGGUCUUUUGUCAACAAAGGAAAAGGUGCCAUUAGAAUGGAAAAAGUUGCAUGAUAGCCUUAGUUCUGAGCUAGAAUGUAAUCCACACCUUACAAGUGUAACAAAAAUUCUCUCUCUUAGUUAUCAUGAUCUUCCGUGCUACCUAAAGUCUUGCUACUUGUACUUCGGCAUUUUUCCAGAGGACUACUCAAUCACAGGUGCAAGAUUACGUCAACUAUGGGCAGCUGAGGGCUUUAUAAAAGGAAAGAAGGGAAAAUCAUUGGAAGAUGUGGCAGAAGAAUACUUGAAGGAGCUCAUCCACAGAAACUUGGUUCAAGUUUCAUUUGGGGAGCUUGAUAAUGAGAUGCAUAGAAAGUAUAUAAUCCAUGAUCUGCUGCGUGAAACCAUCCUAUCGAAGGCUGGAGAGUUGAAUUUAUCUCAAGUUCUGGAAGCAGGUGAUACCACUUCCCAUGGUAUAAGUCGGUGCCUAUCCAUCCACGAUGCCAGAGAAGAUGUUUUUGAGAGAAGUGAGUACUCUCGGGUUCGUUCUGUUUUUCUCUUCAACAUUAAUGAAAUGCCCAAUUCUUUCAUAGUUAAAUUGUUCAAAAAGUUCAAGCUUUUGAAAGUGUUAGAUUUUGAAGAUGCUCCUAUUGAUUAUCUUCCUCAAGAAGUGGGUAGUUUAUUCCAUUUGAAGUACUUAAGUUUGAGGAGAACAAAAGUGAAGAUACUUCCAAAGUCAGUGGGUAUGCUAUAUAAUCUGCUGACACUAAAUGUCAUGGAAACCGCGGUGCGUGAGCUACCAAUUGAAAUAUUUAGGCUUUAUAAGCUGAGACAGAUUUUAGCUCAUUCUCAUGACUUAGAAAUUGAAAGAAGCUUUUAUUCAGUUCGAGGAGUAAAAGUACCUGAAAGGCUUCGAUGUUUAAAGGACUUGGAGGCCCUAUUAAUUAUUGAGGUAAAUCAUCAUGGGGUUGUUUUAUUUGAAGAGCUCAAUAAGUUGAGUCAGUUGAGGACGUUAGGUAUUUCAAAUAUGACUGCAGAAUUUGGGAGGGCUCUUUGUACCUCCAUUCAAAAUAUGGUACACCUUAGAUAUUUGCUUGUUUUCUCAAUUAACGAAGAUGAGAUUAUAGACUUACAAUCAAUUUCAUCCCCACCUCCAUUUCUAGAGCAUAUCUCUCUAUGGGGUCGAUUGAAGAAGUUGCCCAAUUGGAUUCCAGAACUUCAAAAUCUACUCACACUAGUCUUAUAUUUCUCAUCAUUAGAGGAAGAUCCACUACCCUGUGUCCAAGCUUUGCCUAAUCUAAUUAACCUUACCCUCAGUCAUGUGUAUGAUGGGGAGCAGCUGCAUUUUGAUGAAGGCGGUUUUCGAAAAUUGAAGAAGCUCACACUUAGAGAGUUGAAAACAUUAAAGAUGGUGGAAAUAGACAGAGGAUCACUGCCCAAUCUUGAGCAACUAGAGAUUGGACCAUGCCCUCAGAUGAAAGAGUUACCCAUUGGAAUCCAACACUUGAAAAGUCUAAAGAUUCUUGACUUCUAUGAAAUGCAUGAAGAAUUUGUGCUGCGUAUGCAGCCAGAUGGAGGCGAAGAUUAUUGGAAAGUUAAGAAGGAUACACGCAAGUACGCAACCAAGAAGGAUACUUUCAUUGAGUUAAAGGAUAGAAUUUUGGCUAAGGUUUCUAGUUGGAAAGCCAGACUUUUAUCCCAGGAAGCCAAGACUACUCUUGUGAAUUCUGUGGCUAAUGUUAUUCCUUCUUAUAUUACGCCUCUUUUUCUCUUGCCCAAGUCCCUUUGCUCCACACUGGAUAUUUGCACAACACUCCCUCCCCGGUCAGGUUCUUUUAAAGGAAAUUUUGAUGUUGCAGUUAAAGGCAAUUGGGCAGUAGUAGCAGCUAUGAUCAUGGAUUGCUCAGGAAAUAUUGUUCUUGCUGCUACUCAAAAACUCCAUUCUUCGGAUGUCCUCUUGGGUGGAGCUGCAGUUGCUCUUCUUGCCACUCAUUUGGCUUCUACUUCAGGUUUCAGGUGUUUUGAUUUAGAAAGGGAUGUGCUUCUUGUGAUUCUUGCUGUGAAUCAGCCUCAUCUAUUUUCUUCUUGGUAG